CACUGUAGUGGUUAGUCAGCGGUCACCCAUCAUGGUGGACAUCAAAGGAUGAGAGUUUCAAGGUAUCGUCCUGUGGUUUACGUACAAUUACUCUUCUUAUUCAUCGAUAUUUUUAUCAAUUCCUUUGGAGAGCUCUUCAGAACAGCAGAUGUGGUUCUCCUGGUCUUAUAUAUCAUCCAAGAUGUCUGUAUCAUCCUCGCCAUUAUUGUAGUCUUCCUACUCUUCUUUAAUACCUAUAUAUUUCAAGCUGGAUUGGUGUCGUUACUGAUUAGAAAGUUUAAAACUACCAUAAUUAUAGCUGUUGUUUACUUGGCCCUAUCUGUUGGUCUGCACGUAUGGACAAUGUCUAAGAAAUGGGGUGAUCCACAGAAAUUCAUCUGGAAUGAAGCCCUUCAAGCUUUGUUUGUCUUUCAGAGAGUUAGUGCUGUACUCUACUACUACUUUUACAAAAGAACAUCAUUAAGACUUGGUGAUCCAAGAUUUUACAAGGACACUGAUUGGUUGCGGCAAGAGUUUGCUAGGACACACUGAACUCUAGAUGACAGUUUUAAAUAUUGUUGUCCAGAAAAUGCUGUUGUCCAGGACAAUCUUGCCAGGUACUAGAAAAGUUACCAGACUCUACAAACGAAGAAGAAGCUGGCUGGUAAAAAAAUACCAUCAACAUCUUACUGUAGGGAAUCACUUUUCUCAGUGUAUUCCAGUUUAACAGGUUCUCCAAGCUGGUAGUAUGUUAGACGUCUGUUUUACAAGAUUCGGUUGUAAAGAGCAACUGCUUUGUCCUUAUGGGGGUUGGAGCCAGGGGACUUGAAACUGAAACCAUAAGAGGAUUUGUAGCUGAUCACUACAGCAUCUUUGGCCACCAUUUCUUCAAGAUAUUUUUAAAGAUUGCCACUGAAAUUAAAAAAACUGUUCCAGCUAGUUUUUAUGAUUUGUAAAGAUAAGCUAAGUUCUUAUAAUGGCAUACAGCUAUUUCAAUAAACAAAUGCUUUUUAAAGGUUUGGUCUCAUGUUUCAUGUUGCAUACUAAGCUUGAAAUGUAUUAGAAAAAAAAGUUUGAACCCAAGUGUUGAAGUUUGUUGUGAAAUGUGAUCGUCCGGGUGAGUGUAGUCUUGAGAAAGAAUAUUGUUGGUGGUGACUUGUGUUUCGACAACCUGAGCGGAAGUCAACUUCAGAGUCCAGUGAGAAAACGAGAGAGAAUGAAAUGUAUUGUAUUCAUAUAUAAAUAAUGUCAACACAGAAUUAUGAAAAAUGCUCAUAAAAUUUAGGAAAAGUUCAUUCGUAAUGCGCGGACCUUUCGCUGAUCGCAUUCACAUCACCCAUAAUGCAGUUCUGGCUUGGUAUGCAACAAGGAACAAAACCUUGAUCAACCUUUCUUGAAAUAGCUGUAUAUGUAUAUUUUAUAAUGAUUUAACAAAAUAUAGUUCUAACUUUUUAUAGCUAUCCAGUCCAUUUAUCAUCCAUGUAUACUUCAACCAUUCUUUACAGUUCAGUGACAAUUUUAGUUCCACCCCACCCCCACUAAAAUAGUUGUGGUUCUAUGUUCAUUGUCUUCAACAAUGGAUGAUAUGAUACUAGUUCUAAUUUAUUGAGUAAGUAUGUACAGAACUGUGAAGUAAACGAGAGCAUAAACAGCCUGGUUAUAUGUCACAACAAAUGCAUUAAAAUGUUGCCAAUAAUAAUAUUUAGGGUCAAAAUGAAAAGCAGUUCUAUUGUAUAACGUUUUUUCUAAAUACUCCUUCUUACAGUUCCAUCCAGUGACCGUGAAUAAUAGUUUCAAAACUAUAGUUAAUCAUGAGCAGAAACUCCAACCUCGACUUGGAAUUCUUAUUAUUCAUGGUUGCUGAACGCAACUGUAAAAAGGAGUAUGUUUCUUUAUAUGACAGGAUUCGUUGUCCACAGGUCAAAUUGUUUCAGUGGGGGAAAAAUUCACUCUAUUUUAGCCAUUUUUGUGAGCCGUUGGACCUAGAAAUAUCAAAAAGUAAGGGCUAUCAAAUAUUAAUACUAUCCUCUGAGAAAAGUGAACCUUUUUCUCUUCACCUCAUCAUUAGAGUGAGUACAGUGAUUUAAUUGGCUUAUAAAAAAUCGUUUAAGCAAAAUAAUUAGUAGUAGACAAUUCCAUUGUUUCCUAUUGUUUUGCUUUAACAAUUAUACAACUUUGUUUCAUGUUGCCGAGAUACCAGUAUACCUACUUUUUCACUUGGAAAAUUCCAAACCCUUAUCAAAUUGCGUAACUGUUUUUUUUGUGUGGCAUAUCUUCUUAUUUACCAUGACACGACAUCAACAGUUGGUCGAAAUGUUAUCUACUCAUGAUGCCUAGUGUUGACAUAAUUUGUUGGCAUUUCCUCUUAUUAUUUUAUCAUGAUUCUGUACCAAUCAGAAAGGGAGAAAAUUUACGUUUGGGUUAAGAUUACAUUUGGGUUAAAAAAGA